UGUAUUUAUAGUUCAAAAACCCGUUAAUUAUAUUACUUCUGGCCUCAGCUCUGGUCAGCGUUUGUAUGCAACAAAUCGAUGACGCCUUCAGUAUUACUGCCGCAAUCAUUAUUGUAGUGACCGUUGCGUUCGUUCAGGAGUACAGGUCUGAGAAGUCACUGGAAGAGCUCAACAAAUUGGUUCCUCCCGUUUGUAAUUGUCUUCGCGGAGGACAAGCGGAGACACUAUUCGCUCGCCUUCUGGUUCCCGGAGAUAUAGUUCUGUUAACGACCGGCGAUAGAGUUCCCGCAGAUCUAAGACUCUUCGAAGCGGUCGAUCUCUCGAUAGAUGAGAGCAGUUUUACCGGUGAAACGGAACCGUCGCUUAAGACUACUUAUCCCAUAAAUACCAAAACUAAUUCAGUGUCCGAUAGACUUAACAUAGCAUUUAUGGGUACUUUAGUGAGGUGUGGGAACGGCCGGGGAAUUGUGGUCAAUACGGGUGUCAACUCCGAGUUCGGGGAGAUAUUCAAAAUGAUGCAGUCGGAGGAGGCGCCCAAAACACCCCUUCAGAAAAGUAUGGACUCAUUGGGCACUCAGCUAUCGUUUUAUUCGUUCGGAAUCAUUGGGAUGAUUAUGACAUUGGGUUGGAUUCAGGGCAGACCUGUUCUCGAGAUGUUUAACAUUGGCGUCAGUCUAGCGGUGGCCGCCAUACCCGAGGGCCUACCCAUUGUAGUAACAGUUACGCUGGCAUUGGGUGUCAUGCGAAUGGCUAAGAGAAAGGCUAUUAUCAAGCGUUUGCCAACAGUUGAGACGUUAGGAUGUGUUGACACUAUUUGUUCGGACAAAACGGGAACUCUCACUAAGAAUGAGAUGACUGUCACAGCAAUGGUCACGUCCGAGCUCUAUAGGGCAGACGUGAGUGGAGUCGGAUAUAAUGGAAGCGGAGAAAUCAUUCUCAGCGAAGACAUCGACUCUUAUAAGAAACAAAUGGAUUCAAUGAAGAGGUUACUAGAGAUCGGCUGCAUUUGCAAUAACGCCGACAUAACCGGUGGACAACUGAGAGGUCAACCAACUGAAGGCGCUCUUAUAGCCGCCGCUCAGAAGUUGGAUAUGUUUGGCAUUAAAGAUAAAUAUCUGCGAUUACAAGAGUUUCCGUUUUCUUCUGAACAAAAACUAAUGGCCGUUAAGUGUAUUCCCAAAUUUGGACCAAAAGAUGAGGAGAAGUUCUACGUGAAGGGCGCUCUCGAGAAGGUGUUGUCCCUCUGCACCAAAUAUUGCAGUAAUGAUGUGAUUAGGCCUUUGGAUGCGGACCGACACAAACAAUUCAUUAGUGAAUCUCAAUACUUGGGUCGAAAGGGAUUGAGAGUUCUGGCCUUUGCUUAUGGGACCAAAUUGGACGACCUUUCUUUCGUGGGAAUGGUUGGCAUUUUGGAUCCGCCGCGACCUGGAGUUAGGGAAUCCAUUCGCACUCUUCAGGCCAGUGGAGUCAGCGUUAAGAUGUUAACCGGCGAUGCAAUGGACACCGCCUGUGCCAUAGCGACAAGACUUGGAUUUUAUGCGACCGGAAAUGCAGUUAUUUCUGGACAAGAGAUCGACGCUUUGGAUGACCACUCGUUUGCAAUGAGAAUACCGUCAGUCAGUGUCUUCUAUCGUGUGGGUCCGGCACACAAACUAAGGAUCGUUAAGGCCUUACAAAAGAACGGCGCUGUCGUCGGUAUGACCGGUGAUGGUGUCAACGAUGGCGUCGCUCUUAAGAAAGCAGACAUUGGAAUAGCGAUGGGAAAGAUCGGGACCGAUGUCUGCAAAGAAGCCGCAGAUAUGAUACUCAUUGACGACGACUUCUUCACUAUAAUGGCUGCCAUAGAAGAAGGGAAAGGCAUUUUCCAUAACAUUCGCAACUUUGUUCGCUUUCAACUGUCCACAAGCAUAGCUGCGCUCUCAUUGAUAGCCUUCUCCACACUCAUGCAUAUCCCGAACCCAUUAAACGCAAUGCAAAUCUUGUGGAUAAAUAUAAUAAUGGACGGCCCGCCCGCUCAAAGUCUGGGUGUGGAACCGGUAGAUCACGACAUACUUAUCCAACCGCCUCGUAAUGUCAAAGAGCCUAUGAUUACAAGAGAAUUGAUAACUAGUGUAUUGAUUUCGUCCUCAAUUAUCAUCACCGGAACGCUAUUCGUAUUCAUUAAUGAAAUGAGCGACAAAAUAGUGACUCCGAGAGACACUACGAUGACGUUCACUUGUUUUGUAUUUUUCGAUAUGUUUAAUGCAUUGAGUUGUCGGUCACAGGUGAAGUCUGUGUUCACAAUCGGACUCUUGACGAACAAACCAUUUGUUAUAUCAGUGACGGGUUCCCUAAUCUGUCAAAUGCUUGUUAUAUAUUUGCCUCAAUUACAGAAGAUCUUUGUGACGGAAGCCCUAUCUGUGGGAGAUCUGCUAUUCUUGUUUUGCAUCACUUCUACCGUUUUUAUUGUCUCAGAAGUGCGAAAGCUAUUUAAGAGGAGAGCUAUUAGUAGAGAGAAACGGAAUCAAGUUUACCAGGAUCAUAUGGUAUAGCAUACAUUCACCAAUCAUUCAUCUUUAUAUUUAUU